AUGAAAGGUAUCCCACCUGAUAUAGAUAUUAGCAGGGAACUGGAUAUUUUCUCAAAAGCCCAUUUUGAGAUAAAUGGCAUUAGUGAUACACCACCGCAACAAGAUACUAGUACCGCUGAAAUGGCGUCAAAUCAUCAUCAUCAUCAUCGCGAUCAAAAUCAUCUCUCUUCUCCAUUUUUCUUGACUGCAUCCUCAUCUACACCAACAACCAUGUCGUAUUCUGGUCAAUUAUUCCAAUCUUCAUCUUCCUCUCAAACAAUUGGUUCCACUAGUGAUACUACCAACGACUUGCUUUCUUUGGAAAAUCAUCAAGAUGUAUCCGCACUAUAUGAUUUAUAUCAACGUCCUUAUCGACAGCAUCGUACACCCAUAAAUACAGAGAACAAUAAAAAGCUUUCAGAAUCUUCAAUCAACGGACAUACGACCCCAAUGCCUUCCUUUGACCAUCAUAACAGAUCAUCUUCUUUGGAAAAAAAGCAAUAUGACCACUUCUUGUCAAUGAUGAAUAUAGUGGAUCAACGGUUGAAACAACUUGGAAAUGACAGCCCAUCCAAUCAUCAACUCUCGGCCACCAACACCAUUACCAUAUCAACUUCACCAUUAUCGUCGUUAUCAUCACCAUCAUUAUCACCAGCAUCAUCAUCUCUGUCUCCUGCAUCGUCUUCCAUUUUAUCAUCAUUACCUAUUGUAACUUCUGUGCCUUUACCUUCUCCAGGAGCGGUUGCAUCAUCACCAUCAUCAACAUCGUCUUCGUAUUCCACCAUUACAGCAGUUGACACUAAAUCAACCAUGCCAGGUAGCUCAUCAUCACGAUUACAGCAUCCUCCAAGGCGCUCAACCAGCAAUCGAAAAAACAAAGGCAAGGCCACAGCACAAUCAUCAUCAUGCGUCAGUAUCGACAUACCAUAUGACGACGACGAAGGGAAAGAUACCAAUGAUCAGCAGGCACUUUAUGUCAAAGACAAACGACGACGCAAUACUGAAGCCAGUGCAAGAUUCAGGAUCAAGAAGAAGCUUCGUGAACAGGCCCUUCGGCGCACCGCGGAAGAGAUGACACAACACGCUCAACAACUUCAAACUCGGGUACAUGAAUUAGAAAGGGAAGUCAAAUGGUUAAGGGAAUUAAUCGUCGAAAAAAAACAAGCAAGACCUCAUUGA